AUGACCAUCGGUGCUUGCUUUUUCGAGCGCGAUCAUGGCCAGUCUGAAUGGCGAGCGCGUCUGUCUGCAAGCAUGCGACAGAUGCCGCUCACGUUUGUGUGCCCACUGAGUCGAUGCCGGGCAGGGCAUGCGUAUCUGACCAUCAUGAGCCCAGGACAGGCAGCAGUGCCGACCGGCAAUAUUAUUCGCUUGACAUUCGACUUCACUCGCCUUCACGAAUCCAACAGCGCCCCGAAAGUCCACUCGUCGGUCCUGAAGCUCAUCACGCUCGCGAACGAGAAGCGAUGGCAGGAUCGACGAAAGAAAAGAUGA